AUGAACAUAAUUCUCCAACUUGGAAACUCUGCAUUUUCGAGUGGAGAGCAAAAUAUAGUCGAAGCGAGUGUAAGUGUUCAAGAUAAAAUAGAUGGCGGAGAGGAAACAAAUCUUGGUGAAAUCUCAAGUGGAAAGGGCCUUAAUCAAGAAACUACUCUUAAGCGACUUGAUGAUAGUCAUUGGGGCUCUCACUAUAAUUCUUUACUUAGCUUGAUUCUCAUGUUUUCUACUACAAUUGAUGUCAUUGAGAUGAUUGCCACUAAUGAUAUUAGUUGUGGAAAGAGAGGUGAAGCGCGUAUUUUGUUGGGAUCUAUGUUGACAUUUGAUUUUGUAUUCAGUCUGCAUCUCAAGAAAAAUAUAUUGAGUAUUUCAAAUGAAUUGUCAAAAUCAUUACAAAGAAGAGAUCAAGACAUUGUUAAUGCUAUGAAAUUAGUGAAAAUAUGCAAAGAACGACUCUAA